AUGCCCUUUGGUAGAGUUGGGAUUUAUCGUCAUGCAGAUCCUCAAAAAGUUUGCGAAGUGUGGAGAAUUCUGGAGUCAAAUAGGGGUCAGAAGCAGUCUGUCCCGGUUGACAAAUUAAUACGGCCUCUCAGGAAAGUACUUGAUAUGCAGGACGACAGUAUCCGACUUUUACUAACUGAAAUCGAGGGUGACGGACUUAUAGUGAAGGUUAACAGUUGUUCCGGAAAAGGCUGCGACGGCUAUCGUCUACCUGACUUCCAUCACCAGUGCCCUCGUCAGCAGCAUGAUUGGUACUGUUUUCGGUGUCACAAGCCGGGGAAAUUAUUACAUUGUAGUGAUUGUUUUCGUGCAUAUCACUCCGAGUGUGUGAACGAUGAUCAGCAUCCGACUCCUCACUCACGAACUGUGCUUUCUCCAGGUCCUUUGGAUAAUGAUGCAGGCGACUUUACUUGUCCUGUUUGUGAAUCAAGACCAAAGUGCGAAUUUUCUCGCAAACAGAUUCGCAAACUGCUUGAAUUCGCAACGCACAACUUGCGAAAACAGCCCUCGUGGAAGCAUUUUAGUCAGAUAGGAUAUCCUGGUGACAUUGAUAAAAAUGAGUACAUCGUUUACAAAUACGUGGACAUGGAUCUUCUUCAACGGAAGAUAAAAGAUGGACGGUACACUGCAUUGGAAUUCUUCGCUAUGGAUGUUGAACUUCUUGUUCACGAUGUUUGUCUUCUCUUUGGCCCCUUCAGUAAUGAUGCAGAUGAGGCUCGAUUUCUGCUCCGCUCUGUUAACAAUGAGAUAACAGAAAUCCAGCUCUGUACUGACUGCUACAUAAACGCAAAAGCUCGCGUGGGUGAUUGGAUUACAAAGCCUUGUAAACCUCCUCAUGAGUUCAUAUGCGCUUGCAAUCGUUCUGCUUCUGGUGCUGGCUUAUUUGACAACGCAAGCAUUCGGCAUUGUUAUUGGCCGGCGAAGAUCCUCUUGGAAAGGGAUGAUGGAUAUGAGAUUCGUUUCUUUGGCGGUACCCAUGAACGAGCGUUUGUGAAGAAAACUCAUACUACUCCAUUCGUCCUUCCUGAGAUCGAUCCAACUUUCCACCGGCGUGCUUUGGCUGGCGCUCAUAACGUCCCUAGCUCCCUUAUUGAGCGAGCCUGGAAUGAGGUUCGAAAAUUGCAGGCUAACCUCAACUCCGGAUACUACUCUCACUCCUCCGGGGAGUCGGAUAUGCCUCCCUCAGAUGACAAUUACACCGAUGAGAUUUAUAUCCGUCCUCGUCGGCACACUGCCGUGUCUCUUUCCAACAGCCCACGGUCCUCUGCAACGGCAAACUCUGCAAAAUUAAAAUCUACCAAAAAAAGAGCCCAGAUAGAAUUUCGUCUUUCUAACAGCAUUAUCUUUGAGUCUCAGGAAUGUCAUGGUUAUAGUCUUCACAGCGAAUAUGCUUCGUUACCUCAAUCAGCAGUGAAACCAUGUAUCAGUUGUCGAGAUAUCGCACCGAGCAGAAAAAAUUUGGCCUCAAGUGACGGAAGUUCUCGUGUCUCUUCUCGAUCAUCGGUAUCGUCUCCCUCGCAACAUUCAAGCAGUCGCUCUAGCAGCGGCACUCACUGCCGCAUUUCAAAUCAUCGCGGAGGUGAUAACAGUCGAUUGAAAGGUGGUAGGACUCACGCCCCUAAAACUGCCAGUACAAACUCUAAACUAACCUCAUCUGCAAAACAGCGUUUUAAUACUGAGACUACCUCUCCAGUAGCGGCAGCAGCGCUUUCUGCUCUGGCGGAGACUAAAGCAGCUGUCGCUGCUGCCUUCAACAAAAAACGCAGCAGUGCUUUCGCUAACUCUGAGAUGGACACUCCGGUGAAUCCGCAGAGAAGAGGGAGAGGUCGUCCACCCGGCAGAGGGAUGAAGAAACGCAAGCGUAAAACUUCCUCUGGUUCUCUUUCUUCACUCUCACACUCGGUUUCAGAUGACGAGAACUACAAAAUGCGAAAUAGUCUUAGCACCGGAAAUAAAAAGAAAGAUCGAUCCGACAGUACAUCUACCUCGUCAGAUUCUGGUUCGAAUGAUGAGAAAACCACCGUAGCUCGCCGACCCCGUGGCCGUCCCCCAUUUUCCAGUGUGCGUGGUGGCAGCAAUCGGAAGGUUCCCUUCUCUUCUCGUAAAAAAGUGAAAUCGAACCCACAUUCAGAAUCGGACUCAGAACUUACUGAUCGUUGUUCAACUACCUUCCCAUCUCGCCGGCCGCAGGUGGCUUCGCUUAGACAGACGCACAUGAAGCGUCAUAAGACUUCUUCAAGUGCUAGUCCCACAUCCAUGUCAGAAUCAGGUAACUCCUCAGAUGCCUCAGGUGACCGCAGAAAUCUCCUUUUGAGACGGCCACCUUUUGCUCCACCUAUUUCAACUCCAUCCUCGGCAGCUGUCGUUGGAGCUGCACAGGUCGCUGUCGCAGGAUCUCUUGGUGGUAUAGGAGCAGCGAUUGGACCUGUAUCUAGUUCCUCCUCUCUGUCACAACAACAACUUUCAAAGUCGGGAUUCACUGCCCUUGAAAUGGCUGGACGCAGCAGUGGCCUAGGUUCUGUGCCGAGGUCGCACCUUCCACCGAAUAAGAGGCUGGCGGCAGCUGCUGUUGCUGCUGUUUCUGACAUUAAAAUUGAAUCACCACAUCAUUCGUCCAGCAAUUCACUACAUCCCGGCGGACUUUCGCCUAGAAAACUACUAAACAAACAAGUGCAGACAGUGGGAGACGGGGAGUGUCAAGAGCAGCAGCAACGUGGUUGUGCACGCUGCAAAGAGAACGUUGAGGCUGCACGGCGGCAGGCUAUGGCGGAGCAGCAGCAGGCACUAGGGGAGUUGGAGGCGCGACUUUCUGCAGAGCACUCCGCCGCCCUCUCUGCGGCGGUAGAGCGCGAGCGUGCUCUUGCCCGUGAGACCUUAGAUGCCGCAGAGGCGCGUUUUAACGAUGCUUUAGUGCAGGCCAAGCGACGCCAGUGGUGUCGCAAUUGUCUCAAGGAAGCCAUCUAUCACUGCUGCUGGAACACUUCCUACUGCUCCAUAAACUGCCAACAGACUCAUUGGCACAAGGAGCACAAACCUAACGAUGCGUUAGAGUGCACCUUGGGGAUUGCACCUUCGGGCCUGGAAUUCUGCUUCGAUAGGCGAGGAUUUCUGAACAAUGAUUUCGACGAGGACGCUUUCAUACUGGAUCGACUCAAGAUGGGUAUCUCUCUCCCAGAUCUUCACGACAGUCUCAUGCAAUACUUCAACAUUUUAAAGAACAGUCUCGUUGAACUAAUAAACCGUGACUGUGCUGACUUUGUCAAUCUCUCCACCAACCUUAUUGGCUUGGACAAAAUCAUCCACAGCCUCGAAGAUCCAUUGAUGGCUAUGCGAGAACGCGUCUCCGAAGUUUUGUUGGAGAUUCAAGAAACAAAGAAGGCUUUUGAAAUCAAUUUGGAGAAAAGAAAGAAACUGCGCGAAAAAAAAAAAUCACGUGUAAUCCAACCCGCCUCUGUUAUUCCACCUUUCACUCUUACUUUCCAUUUGCCUUCUGUUUCACCGGAGGAGCUAGUCAACAGCCUCAUCACCGUGGCAACAUGCAUCAGUAGAUUGGAGCGUUGGCUCUCCCCAACAAUCCAAUCCAACGAAGACUUCCGCCUUUCUACUACCGAUGACUCUUCUCGUGCCGACAGCAUAUUUAAGGAGGAACAACAAAUUGAUCGCGUGGCUCAAGAAUAUACAAAACUGCAACACUUUGUGAAAAAGUGCGUUAACCAUCCCUUCGUAGAAGAUCUAAAGCCGCGAAUCCACGCGUUAACAGCGAGUCUGCAGGAUCAACUGGAGGGUCGCCUGCGCUGCAGUCUUGAUCUUUGUCACGAGGCGCAAUCCGGUGGUCAGCUGCACUCAACAGCUACCAAGAGGGCUUCCUCAGUUCUGCGUCAAAUCCUUUCAACCUACCUAUCCAUUGACAAGCUCGGCAAUGCUAUCGUCCUCUAUCGUAAACACUGUCUCCACGCCCAGCUCUCUAAGAUAUUUUCACCCUGUUCGGAACUGUCGGCCAGCGGAGCCGAUUGUGAUGCCGCGGCCUCGAUAUUGAGGCGAAUGUUUGCUGAGGCUGUCGCCUUCCUUGAUGACGAGCUUUCCCUAUUUCAAACCCUCGUCUUCAGGCGACUUCACAAAAGCUACGAACCACUGAGUGAGUUCGACGUGAUUACCGAUGGCUUCUUCCCCGAAACUGUGGAUGUUAUUUUCAACCAACUUUCCGAUAUUUUCUCCGCUGGCAAUCCGGACAGAUUCCAUAGAUUGUACAAAGUUGGUCUGGAGUUCUUGGACCUUGUGGAAGCUCGAGUCGAUUCUACUAAACAAGUGAUGAAACUGCGAGAAAAUCCCGCUUACUUAUCCUUCCUCAACAAAUGGAAUCUCAAUAUUUACUUCCAGCUUCGGUACCAAGAAUGCAACGAAAUUAUUUCCGACUGUUCAAAGGACUUGUUUAAGCCGGCUGAAAGAGGCUCACCAGGCUAUGCACUAGCUGUGACAGCGACUGUGAUGCAGCAGAUGAAGCGUUGCUGGUCGGAGGAUGUCUACCUAAACUCCCUACGACAUCGAUUUUGGAAACUCACUCUUCAACUCAUCAAUACUUAUGCUUACCUCAUUGGCGAAAAGGCACUUAGUCAGAACUCCAACUCACCAGACAAAGCGGAACUCUCAGGCAUAGAACCGCUGCUCCUAGUCUUUUUCGAUGGCAGCCUCUUUCUGAAGUGGAUUAAAGAUGGCAACUUGGUUAAAUUGGUCCUGUUGCGAAUGGACUUUCAGCAAGCUGACUGUCUACCCGAUUGGAUGACGCAGUGUAUUGAAGACUCUUCAGAACGCAUCAGUUCUUCAUUGACUUCAAUUGAGUCAAAGAUCUGUCGUGCGCUCGAAGCAAGUGUCGAAAGUAUCCAGGUUCUCGUUCGGCAGAUACAGGAUCUGCCGCGACAGUACCGCCGCACGAAUCGAAGUUGGCCUUCAGCUCCUUCCGCAUUUAUGCCCAGGAUCGUAAAGCAACUCAUCGAUCUCGCCCAACUCCUACAGUCUGGCGUCCUCAGUAAAUCUCAGGUUGAGGCCUCGCCCGCUCUACGCUCCCAAGUCGUUGGACUCUUUGAGAGGACGUCAGAGCUGAUGGCGUCGGUACGGAAGGUUGAGGAUAGUCUCAGGCGUCUACGGGUGGCGCGCGCAGUUGGCGGAGGGCACCAGUUGGGAAAUGGUAGUAAAACAGACGACGACAAAAUUCGCCAUCAAGUGUACCUCGACACCCUCGAAUACACCUCGCAGCUGAAAUUGCUCCCACUUCUCUCUGAAAAAGGGCUACGAUCAAACCUCGAUGUGCUUGGGGCUUCUGAGACUUCAGAAAAGACCUUCAUGGGCGAGCCCUAA